CCUAAAACAUACUAAAUUGACAUAUUUACCCCUCAACAAAAUUUCUAUUAUCCCUAAAUUAAACAAUUGCCGAGAAAAAAGCUUCUUCUUCCUCGGCUUCGUCUGCAACGUGACCCCGCACUCGGACUCCUGCUUCGCGACUAUAUCCUCCGCCGUCGCCAGAAAUCUGAAACCGGUAACCGAGCUGGAGGAGAUCCUCAAGGUCUCGAUCCAAUUAUCCCUGAAGAGGUUCGCGGAUCUGGCUUCCCUGCUCCGGAAUUCAUCGAGCGACGAGUGGGGACCGAAGGUCGCAGUGGAUGACUUCGUGGAUCAGUUGGAGGAGCGGGUCAGUAACCUGAACUAAUCGCUGGCGGCUAUGGAGAUUGGCGCUAGUACGGAUGGGAAGGUGCUGAUGCCGGCGAAGAUGGACGACCUGAAGACGUGGAUAAAUGCAGCGAUGACCGACGAGGAGACUUGUGUGGACGGGUUGGAGGAAAUGGGGGCAAAGGUUCCGGAAGGGGUGAAGGCGAAGAUCGAGGACUGCAAGCAGUUGUUGACUAACGGCUUGGCGAUUCUUGCCAAUAUGCCAAGCCUGCUCCGCCAUUUCCAUCUCCAAAUGCAUUGACAAAAACGCAUUAAGGGGGUGAAGCUGUUGUGUAAAGCAUCAACCCACUGUAAUUUGUUAUUUUGAUUUAGUAUAAUGCUGUGAUGUCUUUUUCAUGGAUGAUUGUGAUAUUUAUUCUUAUGCUCAUUGUAAUUUAUAAAUUUGUUUUGUGUUAAGUUUGUUUUUUAUUUUCGGUAAUUUUGUAAUUUUUGUUUUGAGUUUAAAUGUUUGAACUAUAAAUAAAUGAACUAAGGGCAUUACCGUAAAAUUAACUUAAUUAGGGCGACGAAUAAGGAUUUUUAGGGCGACAAAUAGCAACCCUCAAUAAUAAAGGGGUAAAUUGCAA